UUGACAGCUAUUGUCUCGCAGUCAACAUUCGAAACUUUUGCAGAUGAUAAUUUUGCUGAAUCAGGCAAUAAUGCGGGUUUUGUAACACGAAUUAAUCGAAAUGGCUUAGAUUUAUUAGCAGAAUAUUUGAAAGAGCGAGUAAAAAAGAUUUCUGAAAAUACCGAAAUUCCAGUCAACUUUACAACAACAUUAGAUAAAGAUGUAACACUUGAAUUAAUUUCAUCAAACUUGGUUUCUUAUGAUGCUUCAACAUUACAGUCACGUCUAAUCUUAACACCACAGAAAGGUUUAACCUGGAUUGGCUCACAACUAGCAGCUAAAGUUUCUUCUGUAUUCAAAGUGAAAGAUGGUGAAGCAGAAUUAAUUGGACGAUCAAAUACCAGCGUUGAGGGUGCAGUAAUACAGUUGGAAUUUUCAACUGAUAUCAAUUCCGAUGGUCAUCUAAAGACAGAUAUGUCAUCGUGUAAACUACGGGCACGACAAAUAUCUAUUAACUUUUCUCGAUAUGAUGUCUCAAUUUUGUCUAAUUAUUUUGCACCUGUACUGUGCUCAAAAUUCUACUCAGAACUGAUGCCAUCAGUUUCAAAUCGACUGAUGAAUACACCAAUGAGUGCAAUUCUGUUUGAGCAUUACUUUAUCAACUAUGGCUUUACUGACAAAAUAAACUAUACAGAAAAAUUCAUAGAAACACGACAUCGUGGAAAUACGUUUGCCAUUCUUCGCCAAGGUGCCAAUAGAUUCAAUGAUUUUCGUUUACCGUUUCAUUCAACACCAAUGCAUUUACCAAAUGAGACAUAUGGUAUGAUAGAUUUUUAUGUAUCAAAUUAUACAAUGUCAAGUCUGCUGUACUGGAUGGAUCAGUACCGAAAGUUUGACUACGAAAUCAGCAAAGAUAGUGUUGGAACUGAAAGUUUGGUGGGUUAUUUAAGAACAUCCUGUGGUGUGGAAGAUGUUUGUGCUGGAACACUAUUUCCAGCUUUGGCUAGUCGCUUUCCUGGUGGAAUGGUACAGAUUAAAACGUUCACUAGUAAAAGUCCAACACUUGUUUUUGACGGUGCUAAAGGCGUGGCUGCAAUUGAAAGUUUAGUUGAAGCUUAUGUACAGCAAACAGAUAAAACAACUCGAUUUUUAACUGCAAAAAUGACUGUAGAUGUAUCGUUAACAAAAUUCGCUUUCAAAGACUAUGAAUUGACAACUGUAAUGAAGAUUGAAAAGUUUAAAAUUUUUGACAUUGUCAGCACAGUGGAUGGAAUUGAUGCACAGUCAUUGGAAUUUCUUGUAAGUGCAUUAAACGAGUUGGUAAUCGCUGAUGAUCUGGCAAAAAAACUUAAAGGAGGUAUUAAAUUACCAAUAAUGUUAGAUUUUCCACAAAAAUCUGCUGAUGUAGUGGUUGAAAAAGAUGCAUUACGGAUAUCAGUAAAUUUCUGCUAUGAACAAAACUGUGAUUCAAUAGCCGAAAAUAAGGAUGAUAUCGACUAUUAUGAUGCCGUAAAAAGCUAA